UUUACAAGGUGCAGGCGGUAGUGUAGUGUGUUGAAUCGUAUAAAAAAUUAUAAAUUAGUAUAUAGAAAGGUCAUUUAAUGAAAUAAUUGUUCUCGUACGUUCUAUGGUUGUUCUAGAUCAUAAAUAAUAAUUAUUAUUAUAUAAGUGCACGAAAAAUCACUGUUUUAUUGAGUAUAAGUAAAACAGUAAAAAUUUUCAUGCUACAGCAUCAGCAUAUAUCGAUAUACAAAUAAUCACGAACUACACGGAGAUCAAGAUAAAUAUCGAACUAAAAAUAUUAUUAUUUCAUAAGACUCGGACAAGUCCGUAAGACUGUAAACUGCAUGUGAUAUAAUUUAACGUAACGCAUUUAAAUUAAGAAUUCUAAAUUCAAAUAUUUAAAUACUCAACGGCAUCUACUGUCAGAUUUAAAUAUAAAUUAUCAGUAGCGCCAUCUAUGAUAUAAUCUGUGAAGAUGAGGGACAGCAUGAAGUCUUGCCAGCACACGCUAUCAGAUGACGUCGUUUACAAAGAUGUGGUCGUUAUCGGUAACGGCCCCAGCGGUAUGGUAACAUCAUUCAUGCUUGCAGGAAAUGUACCAUACCUAAAGGAAAUACCAGAUAACCUGCCUAUAGACGAAAUGCUCAGAGCCAGAUUACAAAACCUACCCCCUGGACAGAGUCUACUGGAGACGGACCUUACAGAACUUGCUGAAGGUUUGGAGGGCAGGAGUCAGAACCCCAUCCCUUUAUUAGUGGACAACUUAUUGAGGCCGUGCGCGGAUUUAGGAUUACAGGAGGAUUCGUUAAUCGAAUGGAGAUUUGACGCGGAGAAACAGAUCGAGCACAUAGUGCUGGGCAAGGGCCCGCCGGGCGGCGCGUGGCCCACGUUCCCGGGCGCGGUGCGCACGCUGUCGCCGGCGGCGUGGCUCGCGCUGCCGCCGCACGCGCGCAUCGGGCCGCGCGCCGCCUCGCGCCUGCCCGCGCGCGCCGUGGCCGCGUACUGCGCGCGAUACGUGCACGCCUGCCGCCUGCAGCGGUACUUUCGCUCGGGCGCCACGGUGACGCACGUGGGUCCCGCGCCGCGCGUGGCGCCGCCCUGCCGCGCCACCUGUCCGCGGAACGCCAACUUUUGCGUGUCGGGGUACGAUCAUAGACAAGGUCGCGGUUUCCGCUACCUGUGCGCGCGCGUGGUGCUCGCGUGCGGCGCCAACGACCGCCCCAACUCGCUGCCGACCCCCCUCGCUGUUUCCCCCGCGCCCACCUCCCCCGCCACCCUCGCCGUGCACUCGCUGCCCGACGUGGAGCGCGCGCUGCGACGACUCGCCGAGAGAGCGGCCGACCGUGCGCACGUGCUGGUGCUGGGCUCGGGGGUCAGCGCGGCCGACGCCGUGCGCAGCGCGCGCGCCGCCUCGCUGCACGCCGCGCACGUGCACCGCCUGCCGCCGCACGCGCUGGCGCGCCUCUCGCCGCACGACUACCCGGACUACGCGCACGUUUACAAAAUGAUGCUCGACGGUCCGUCAGGAAACCACCCGUACUACACCCCCUACCCCGACCACAUGAUUGUAGAAAUUACCCCCAUAGCCGCACAGGAAUCCUCCCCUAAACUAUAUGAAGAUAAAGAUGACGAGAUCCUCACUUUAAAGAGGGUGAAACUCCUCAAUUUAGUCACAAAUGAGACAGUAGAACUGACUGUCUCGCUCAUAGCGAUACUUAUUGGAUCCAAACCGGAUCUGUUUUUCCUCCAAACGAACUUUAAUCUCAAUAAAAUGACGUCACAAGAAGAAUGCAUCAAAUGCAUCGAGAAGAAAGAAAGUGAUGAGAACCAAAGACAAUGCUUCCUCAGGAACCACUGGCAUUACAUCAAAUCUGUAUUUGGACAGAGUAUACAAAUAUGCAAGUCGAGAUAUUUAAAUUAUUCAGAAAUAAAUGGUAACACUGACACAAAGUGCGUGAUACCGGACUGCAAUCGACGGAAUAUGAAAUGUGUGUGCAAUCGUUUAGACAUAGAGAAGGCUGUGAAGUGUCAAUGUGAGAUCAUUCCGUAUAACGAUAGUGUUAAGAACAAAGUUAGUUGUCAGUGCCAUUUGACUAACCCGUUCAGUGAUGGACUCGGGUUUGGGGUGGAUCCAAGCAAGCCAGUGGAUGGGAGGGGCAAUCCAAUAGCAAUAGACAAAAGGACACAUGAGGUUUUGAAUGCUCCCAAGGGGCUGUAUGCGCUAGGACCUUUGACUGCUGACAAUUUCAUCCGCUUCAUACCUGGGGGAGCUGUAGCAAUAGUGGCUCACCUUCACAAAGAAAUUAAGCAAACUACACAGUGACUACUUUAAGUGAAUAAACGAUACUUAACUUUUUUUUAACAAUAAACUAUUUUUUAUACUCCA